CCGCGGGCAGCGCAUGGGGCAGCGCCUGAGCGGCGGCCGGUCCUGCCUCGAUGUCCCCGGCAGGCUCCUGCCGCAGCCGCCGCCGCCCCCGCCGCCGGUGAGGAGGAAGCUCGCGCUGCUCUUCGCCAUGCUCUGCGUCUGGCUCUACAUGUUCCUGUACUCUUGCGCCGGCUCGUGCGCCGCUGCUCCGGGACUGCUGCUGCUUCGCUCGGGGUCCCGCGCCGCCCACGCCCCAUCAGCCCUUACUGUGGCUCCUGACGGGACGCCCCCCAGGCUGUCGUUCAGGGCGCCGCCGGCCACCCCGCUGAGUGUGGCCAAGGAGGCGGCGGAGGGCGCCGCGAGCCAGGAGGAGAAGAAUACCGACGCGUCAGACUCCCCCAGCCCCAUAUCCAGCUUCUUCAGCGGGUCCGGGAGCAAGCAGCUGCCGCAGGCCAUCAUCAUCGGCGUGAAGAAGGGCGGAACACGGGCGCUGCUUGAGUUCCUGCGCGUGCACCCUGACGUGCGCGCCGUGGGCGCCGAGCCCCACUUCUUCGACCGCAGCUACGACAAGGGCCUCGCCUGGUACCGGGACCUGAUGCCGAGAACCCUGGACGGGCAGAUCACCAUGGAGAAGACGCCCAGUUACUUUGUCACGAGGGAGGCGCCGGCGCGCAUCUCGGCCAUGUCCAGGGACACCAAGCUGAUCGUGGUGGUGCGCGACCCCGUGACCAGAGCCAUCUCGGACUACACGCAGACGCUCUCCAAGCGUCCCGACAUCCCCACCUUCGAGAACUUGACGUUCCGCAACCGCACGACAGGCCUCAUCGACACGUCGUGGAGCGCCAUCCAGAUCGGCCUGUACGCCAAGCACCUGGAGCACUGGCUGCUGCACUUCCCCCUGCGCCAGAUGCUCUUCGUGAGCGGGGAGCGGCUCAUCCGGGACCCGGCCGGCGAGCUGGGGCGCGUGCAGGACUUCCUGGGCCUCAAGAGGAUCAUCACCGACAAGCACUUCUACUUCAACAAGACCAAGGGCUUCCCCUGCCUCAAGAAGGCCGAGGGCAGCAGCAAACCCCACUGCCUGGGCAAGACCAAGGGCAGGGCUCACCCCGAGAUAGACCCGGAGGUGGUGCGGAGACUGCGGGACUUCUACCGGCCCUUCAACCUCAAGUUCUACCAGAUGACCGGGCAUGACUUUGGCUGGGACUGAACAGAUUGAGGCUGUGUAACUUACCAUGUGGCUUAUAUAUUGAGAGAAAUUAUAUGUAUGUAAAAUGUACAGAAAUCUAUUUUAUAAUAAUUUAUUUUUAGUUCAUAAGCAAUUAAUUCACUAAGCUGCCUAGCCACACUCUUUAGAGAGUUAGCUUCAUAAUCUGUUAACAUUCCAAAGUGUUUAACUCUGAUAUUUUGUUGUUCUUGAUGGUGCUUCCAUUUUCUCCUGCCCAUUCUAUUUAAAACGAAGAAAAGCACAACUUGGAGAUUUUUGUUGUUACGGGUAUUCAGCCUUCAGUCAUCAUCUGGACUCUUCACUUGCCUUCUCCUUGUGUCUUGGAUCUCAGAUUCUAGCUUCCAUUUCACCUCCUGCCUGUGUACCUUGUAGGAGCGCUGAGCUGCCUCCGCACGGCUGUGCCUGCAGGUCAUACCUCAUGCAGCAGCUCCCUUGUUGAUGUGUUACCAUUCCCAAGGAGGUAGAUGCCAAACCACAGAGCUAGGCUUCUUUCCAAGUUCACUCAGCACAUGGAGGAAUCACUGCCUUUGCAGAGACACCCAUACCCUUUUGGGAUCUGACUGCCAAGGCCCACUUACCGUAGCUUUUGUAGGAUGAUCCCGCAUCUUCUUCUGCCCAUUCCCGGGUUCAUUUCCCGGCUUGAAGUGUGUGCAAGUAUGAGCUCCCUCUUUUCCAGGUCACGGGUGUGAAAUGCUUCUUUAGAAAUAAAGAUGAUCUCCUCUAGUUUGUCUGUGAGCCCACCACGCUCUGUUCUCCGGGAAGACAGUUCUACUUUGACACACCAAAGAAUCCCACAGGCUAGCAGAGCCUCUGGCACAAAGCAAGGGUGCUGGGCAUCAAGCUCCGAAGGGGUCAGGUGCAUCCCACACCAUCAGCAUCUGCCAAGAUGCUGCUGGGUGCAGAGCCAGCCUUCACUGGGCACGCUCAGUAGGGUGACAACCUCAAUGGGGAGAAAAAACAAAGGCCCCAAAAUGACAGGUGGUCUGGCAGAGGAGGAGAUCAUUGGCACCCCUUCUUGGUGUCUGGAACUUCUUCCCUGGGAAUCCUAGGUCCUUGCAGAAUGACAACAUGGUCUGCAGCCAAGAGCCAAACAGCAGAGCCAGGAGUGGCCCUUGUAAAGGCGGCUGGGAGAGCUGGCCCCAUAUUGUCUGUAAGCCCUCGAACCUGACACUUGUGCAGCUGCCCCUUGCUUUAGCCAGGUCUUGGCAGAGGGUUUGCCAGCAUUGUUACUGCUGGUGCAGGAUGUUCUCCCAAGCCUCUGUGUUGAGAGACCAAUUGGGGAUCAUUGAUAAUGACUAGCUAGUAACAGUUGGUAAUGAUAUAUAGCAAUAUCACCUAAUGACAUAUUCAGUCUGUUCUCAGUUUUCUAAGCGAGAAUGCCUCAACCAUAAAAUAAUUGUUUCAUCAAGGAAUAUGUGGGACGAUAUACAUCACAUCAAAAUGGUUGGGUUGUUACAUUUAUAAAGGAACUUUUGUACAUUGUACACAAUAACUUGCCUGAUAGCGUAAGAAAACUGUUAGAUGAAGAAAGAAACGGUAACUCAUUUUGAGAAGCUGAUCAGAGACGUCACUGGUCUUUACGGGAUGUCUUGUUGACAGUCUGGUUUGUAUUGUCCCACAAGUUGUAGUCCAGAUCCAGCUAGCUUACGCUUAGCAGCCAAGCUGUCGUUGUGCAGGUUCUCUGUGGGAGGAUGGCCACUGAGGGCUCCGUGCCUCCUUCACCAGUUGUAAAAUUCAUGCCGCAGCUUUCUUACUGACUCUGCCAAGUAGUGCAGAACCUGCAGCUUUGGAAAAGCACAGUCAUAGCAUGGUUCUCCCCCUUGCUGCUUGGGUAUCAAAGAUGUCUGUAGAAGAGCCAGUUGGACAUGUUUUUUUCCUGUUGGAAGGCUGAUUUGAAAGAAAACUAAGAACAGCUCUUUUCAGUUACAGCAUAAAAUUACUUAACGUAAAAAUCAACAUCCAAGUCCUCCACCUAGUCCUGCCACGUCCACCUUCUGGCCACUUGCACGGCCUGUAGAACUGCAGAAAAUGGAAGAGAAGGGCGUGCAACCAAGCGGGAGGGCAAACCAGACAGAGCUUUUCCUUCCCCUCAGGUCCCUGCCCUCCUCCCACGCUAAACAAGUUUCGAUUAAGUUGUUUGUUCCUUGACUUAAAAUAAAACUGAAACAGGAAAUGUUCAGAUAGAGAAGGAUCAUUUAGUUAUGAACACUGAACUGGGUCAAAAUUCUUUCCUGGGUCAAAUCCUCGAAUCCAAACAGAUGUCAAUAAUUAGCACUGAUGGAGUAAAACAAAUUUUUCUAUGUAAUACAAAUAAAUCAAAUACCAUGUGCGUCUCUUCAUAAGGGUCUGCUAGCUUAUGUUUCUGACUGGUCCUGACAUAGCAUCUGCCCCCUGGUGACACCUUAUCAUGGGACAGUUAUUACAGAGCCUGAGUCCCCAUAUCUUUUCCCUGGAGAAGUUAUGCAACACGUAAAAUUGAGCCUUGGGUUUCUUCCUGGCCUUGCAAUCUGCAAGGCCACCAUACUUUUUAGCUGCUAGAAGACAUACAUCAUUUCACAUUUUGGCAGAUUGUCCCAGUACACGUGUUGGGUUUCUCCCAGUUUAUGGGAAAACCUCUGGUACUCAUUGUAGUAUUUUAUUCCUACCAGUUUUUUUUCUUUCCUCAUUAAAAAAAUGAAAAACAAAAAAUUGGAGGUUUUUAUUGUUCUUAUCUAUCACGGGCUUUCUUUGACUUUGUACAGUAGUAUGUUAACUUGGUAGGUGGCACUUAGGUAUUUUAGGUAUAGUGACUGCAUAAUAUAUACUUACUUUGAUAAUGGAGGAGGAAAAAUUGUCUUCAUAAGAUUAUCUUUGGGAGUCAUUUUUAGUGAUGUGCAUUUUAGACCUUUUGGAGAAACACAUUUCAGAUCCUGCCGGGAUAUUUUUGUAAGAAAGGAAAAUAGAAGGUUCCAAUAAACCAGAAACACUUGGUAUGUAUCUAAAAUGCUGACACAGAAGUCGAUGUCAUUUUUCUUUUUAGUUUAUCAAGAAGGAUGAUCCAUAAAAAGUAAAGGUGUGGUUAGAUUUCUUUUUCACUUUCAUAACAUUAAUUUAUGACUGAGUUUCAUUCAGCCCAGUAAUAUGAAAUACUGUGCAAAUUCUAGCAGUGUGUCUUUCUAUAACCUGGAUGUUAGAAUAGCCAAUAUGUACAAAAAAAAUUAAAACAAGUAUUUUGUCCUAUGUAUAACACAAAUUAAUUUUACACAGAGAAAGAUGUUUCUAGGAAAAUGAAAUUCUGGUAAUUCAUACUGUUUCUUUGUAUGAACAAAUAAAAUAUAUUUUACCAACCUGUAGGCACUUUUCAUUUAUAUAUUGCAGAUGGGCAGGGUAGAAAUAUUGUAUUCAAUAACUAAGUGUGUAUGCACACACAUUCACUUACGUCUUUCAAAUUUGAAGGAUCCAAUCCAGAAAUGACUAUCAUCAACCAAUCCACAAGAAUUGGGGGUGGGCUUUUUUUAUACUUAUAUUCAUAGCAGUUACAGUCCUUGUUUCAGCAACUGGUCACGUGGUUAUAGCUAGUAUUUGGAACAACCUUCUUCCACCACCCAUUCCGUAUUGCCUUUACCUUUAGCAAGCCCCUCAGCUGGUCAUGGUUCUUUGCCUUGUGGGGUGACCCAAACCUUCAUUCCUGAAGGGUCUGAGCCAUUAGUAGUCAUGUUGGAAUUGGGUUGCUGUAGUUUUCCAUUGACUUUAAUCACAGGGUCUGGUAGUACUAAGAGGCGUCCUAAGAGAUCUCCUGCAUUCCAGACAUACUCUUCUUUACAUCCACUGUUGAAUAUCAGUCCGGUUUCCACUUGGUAAUCAGGAUCAAUUACACCAGCCAGUAUGGUAACUCGCAUUUUUGCCUGUUGAUCCAGAGGCAUAAGGAGCCCAUAGUGGCCA